UGUUUCAGCCACAUGUGACAGUGAGUAGCCUAAUAGAGAAAGAGAGAGAGAGAGUGAGAGAGAGUGAGAGGAGUACCAAAACAUCAUCCAGCUCAUGUCAAAGCGGAAUCAGCGACAUAAACAACGCCGAACAGCGGCUCAGCCAUAUGGUCUUUUAACAGUGGCCCCAUCGAGCGCGUGGAGUUGCAGCACAAUCCCCGUGUAUCUGGCGCUGCUGCUAGGGAAAAAUCCGCUAGUCGGUUUAGCUUGUGACAGAUAGACUGGCCGUUGUGCUGGGAGAUUUCCAUCCAUGGCUCUGGUAACCCUGCAGCGCUCGCCCACUCCCAGCGCGGCGUCCACUUCCAGCACCGCCACCACCAACGCGGGGGAGGACUUUGGAAGUGACGAUGAGCGCCGGCUAAAUCAGAGUCUAAGUGAGAGCUUCUUCAUGGUCAAGGGGGCCGCUCUGUUUUUGCAGCAGGGCAGUUGUCCACAGGGUCAGAGAGGUCAUCCUCACCACAAACAUGCAGGUGACUUACCUCAGCAUCUACAGGUAAUGAUCAACAUUCUUCGCUCUGAGGACCGCAUCAAACUGGCGGUGCGGUUAGAGAGCGCAUGGUCAGACCGCGUGCGGUACAUGGUGGUAGUCUACACAAAUGGCCGUCAAGACACUGAGGAAAACAUCUUGCUGGGGAUGGACUUUAGCAACAAAGACAGUAAGAACUGCUCUAUUGGGAUGGUGCUGCCACUGUGGAGUGACACCAAGAUUCAUUUAGAUGGUGAUGGGGGCUUCAGUGUGACUACCGCCAGUCGCACGCACAUCUUCAAACCGGUGUCAGUCCAGGCUAUGUGGUCUGCAUUGCAGAUUUUACACAAGGCGUGUGAGGUGUCACGAAGGUACAACUAUUUCCCCGGUGGCAUGGCGCUCACGUGGACGGGGUACUACGAGAGCUGUAUUGGCUCUGAACAGAGCUGCAUCAAUGAGUGGAAUGCCAUGCAGGACCUGGAAACACUGCGACCGGACUCUCCUGCAGUCUUUUUUGACAAGCCAACAGAGAGGGAGAGAACAGAAUGUCUAAUCAAAUCCAAACUCAGGAGUAUCAUGAUGUGCCAGGACCUUGAAAAUGUCACGUCCAAAGAGAUUCGUAAUGAGCUGGAACAACACAUGAACCGCAACCUGAAAGAGUACAAAGAGUUCAUAGACAAUGAGAUGCUACUUAUUCUUGGGCAGAUGGACAAAGCCACUCUCAUCUUUGACCACCUUUAUCUGGGUUCUGAAUGGAACGCUUCUAAUCUAGAGGAACUUCAGGAAACUGGGGUGGGCUACAUCUUAAAUGUUACAAGGGAAAUAGAUAACUUUUUCCCAGGAACAUUCUGCUACCACAACAUCCGAGUGUACGAUGACGAGGCCACAGACUUACUGGCUCACUGGAAUGAAACCUACAACUUUAUUGUCAAAGCAAAAAAGAAUCAAUCCAAAUGCUUGGUUCACUGUAAGAUGGGCGUAAGCCGCUCGGCUUCUACUGUAAUAGCAUAUGCAAUGAAAGAGAAUGGCUGGUCUCUGGAGAAAGCAUAUAACUUCGUCAAACAGAAGCGCAGUAUCACCCGUCCCAAUGCCAGCUUCAUGAGACAGCUGGCAGAGUAUGAGGGCAUACUGGAUGCCAGUAAGCAGCGUCAUAACCGUCUGUGGCAUCCUGAUUCAGAUUGCGAUCACCCUGACUGCCAGCAAGCUGCUUCCCCUUGCUGUGUGAAUGCAGAGACUGUGGAUCACGUCACCCCUGACCCCACGAACCCCAGGGUCACCGUAUGCUGUGAGCCUACCGCCCACUCCUCUCCAAUUAGCCUAGAUCUUGACCCCAGCCACCCGCAAAACUACCACUACUACUUCCGCCGCCUGUCAGACUCGGCCCUCGACAGCAACCCUUCCACGCCUGUCCAUGCACCGCCUCUGGUGGAUGUAGAUCGUGUCUACAUCGAGGUUGCCGAUGUGGAGCAAGAUGCGCUUCUUGACGAUGAAACCUUCGAGGGGCGCGACGGCCUUCAUUUACCCCAUUUUGGUGUCCCAGAAGAGGGCACGGCCGCUCAGACCUGUUCUAGAGGGGCGGAGCCUCUGGAGGAACUACGUUUACGUUUGGAGUUCAGCACGGUGGAGGAGGAAGAUGAAGAGGAGGCUCAGAAAGAGCAAGCAGAAAUGGAAGCGUUAGCAGAGGGAGCAAAGAGAGGAGAUGGGAAUGAGGGAGGAAGGAAGGAUAGUGAGGAGUUGUCAAAUGAAAAGGGGAUUGAUCUUGCAAGCCUAAACCAUCUGUGCAACGAGAACUCCAACAACAAUAACCACCUCAGAACACAACAAAAUCUCACUGAAAGUGCCCAUCUGAAGCAGCAUGUUAAGCCAAGGCUUGCUCCUGGUUUGUUGUUCGCUUCCAAGCCCACCCAGAGUGCUCUGUUAGAGGCUAACAGACAAAGCCUUGCCCCUUUACCCCUCAACAGUGUGCCCAAUAUCUCUAUUCAGACGCCACCCUGUGCCAACUUGCCCAUGAUAGCCAAAGGUGGCAAGUUUGCCUCAGAUUCGUGCCUUGAUGCCAAUGCAAUGCCCUUGGGGCAUAAAGAUAAGCCAGAAAGCAAAUCUCUUGACAAAGAAACUGAUAACCUGACUCCGAUGCUUGAGGCCAAAGGGGAAGGAGAUUUCAGACAGAAAGAGACUGAUGCACAAGGUUCCUCUGCUCUACCCAGGAACGAAAGAGAGAUGAAGAGUUUGGAGAUGGCGGAGGCAUCUUGUUCUCCACAACAACAAGAGGCUCUGAUGCAGCUGCAACGCUCUGGCCUUGUUCGUCGCCGGAAAGAGCGCUUGGAAAAACUCUCCGGUCUCUUCCAGGAGCGUGCUCGUGCAAACGAGCAACGGGGAGCAGGUUCAAGCAAAACCGAGGAUGCAACAAACAAUUCCAGUGAUCCAACCGACCCUUUCCACAGGCCCUUUGGAACACGGGCAGAUUUCGCUACCGAAGCGGAAGUGCCACUGACGAAUGAAGCCUUGUUGGCGGUCCUUGGUUCAGGUGGCCUGACGCCGGUUUCAUCCCCACAUGGUUCCACGCUCACCCGCAGCUCCAGCAGCGACAGCCUCCGCAGCGUCCGUGGCAAACCAGGCCUUGUGCGUCAACGUACGCAAGAAAUCGAAGCCCGAAUGCGACUAGCGGGACUUACUGUACCUUCUCAACUAAAGCGUUCCAACUCUCUCGCCAAACUAGGCAGCCUCACCUUCUCGUCUGAGGACUUGUGCUCGGCGUGCUCCUCUGAUGCAGGGACCCUUCUCAUGCUCUCAUUGUCUCCAGAACCUGAGCACUCAUUCAGUCCAGAAUGGGCCAGACCGUGGCCCUCUUCCUCCUCCUCGACCUCCACCAACAUGGAGGUUAUCAACCAAGGCGAAUCUGGACCUGAAGAGUCCAAGAGCUGACAGUGGGAGGUGUUAAAGCAACAGUACCUUUGGUUUCAGCUUCAGCUGGAGUUCUCCAGCAAUGUUACUGAGAUAUUUAUAUUUAUAUUUUUUUUAAACAUUUCAGCCACUUGGGAACAUUGGCCAUUCACAGAAGUUCUUGCGGUGAACAGAUCUAACAACUUGGGUAAAGAGUGUCUUCUACAAAAGAAUUGCUUUCUGUUAUGAAUAUAGACAUAAUAUUCAGUAAAUCCAAAACCUUAUGGACAGGCAUAAUGCAUGUGUAUUGCACUGAGUGACGAACAGUUCAUGAGGUUUUCACUGCUCUUCCUCUCUGCUGUUCUGAAGCAAAAUAAGCACUCGCCAUCCCAAAGGCCAUUACUUGAAAGCGUCAAAAUAGACUAUUGUGUAAUUUUUCCAUCAGCCCACCCAUUUAUCACACCAUAAAUCACAAACUGUCGCCUGGAAUGAGUCACAGAUUCCUUCGGACAUGGUCACACAUUUGAAAAGGGUUUUAAGAUCAAACACCCUGCUGUGUUCACGCUUCCUGGCUGGAUGGUGAAAGGAAAUGGACUCUUUGGCGUGAUUAGGAAAGUUCUUUGUAUGCUGAUGGACUCUUAACAUUCACAGAGCACUGAUGAUUCACUCACAGGUUUCAAACUAAUACCUCAUACCAAUACAGUACUGUUUGUAAGCCAGGCAGAUAACUAAACAGGAUGACUGGCAGCACUUCAGUGUUCACACACAAUGCAGUGUGUGUGGAGGCUCAUUGGGAAAGCUGGUGGAGGACCACCAAAAGAUUUGUUUGGGAUUCUUCCAUCUUUUUAAUACUUGAUGAUGGUGUUGAAAGACAAUCAUUUUGAAGGAUAAAGAAAAUCGGAGGCGAAUUCAAGCUGCUGUUUUCAAUCCACUGAAACGCUCAUAGAUGCAGUCGCUAUUGUAACGAAUGUGACUGUCCAUGUUGCUGUCAAAAUAGCGGUAGGGUUUUGGGGAAAUGUUUGGGUCACUAUUACUGUUACAUUCUCUAAUAGCACAUAACGUGUUCUUGUAAAGAUUUUAUUUCAUCGGAAACUCCUCCAUUGUAGUUUCUCUAGCAAAAGAGCUGCUCCGUGUUUCCAAAUGUGAUGCAAAUUCGUCAUUCACCCAGGUAAAGAGUGACUGUUAUUUUUAAAGACUUACUUGUUCCUGAAGCAGUGGCUUGGUUAUGCCAGUCUGAACUGAAGCUUUUGCAGUUUGCUGAUGAUUCCCACCAUGUUAUGGCUCUACUGUUCUAACUCUUUUUCCUGUUUGUACUCGCUGUCAAUUUUCCAUAAUGAAAUCAAAGUAAGGUAGAUUGGCCUUUUGAAUCAAAUCUAUAGGUAGAACUGAAACAAGAUCAGACGACAGUUACAAAGCAAAGAUGUGGCAUGGUUUCAGUAACUGUUAAACUGAGUGUGUGUGUGUCUGUAUUGGUGAAUCUUACAAAAGCAUGUCCAGGUCACAUUUUGCCAAAAAUCAGAAGAGAAAUAAUUAAUUAAUAAACAUUCUAAAAUAUAUUAAAUUAUAUUUUGCUUUUAGGAACUGAACCCCAUUUUUAUGACCAUAAACAUACAAUUGUAGGUUUUAUUCACAUUGCUCUCAAUGGUGAUUCCCUUUAGAUUCUCAUUAAUGCAAUGCAAAAAAUGCUGUAAUACAACAAUGUUAAUAUUUGAAUUGGCAUAAAAUGUUAGGUUACACUUUAUUUUACAGUGCCGUAGUUACAUUGUAAUUACUCAAAUAAGUACUGAGUACUAUUAAUUAACUACAUGUACUUACUAUAGAGUUACAGUUAGGGUUUGGUUUAGGGUUAGUUACUUGUAAUUAUGCAUAAUUUACUGUUAUUUCUAUAGUAAGUGUAUGUAGUAAAGUGUAACUACGGCACUGUAAAAUAAAGUGUUACCAAAUUUUAUUUGAUAUUUGGGGUGAAAAAAUAUCAAGACAUGUUAUCAAAAUAUCAGUGAUAUUCACCUCUGUGUCUGAGGAAACUUGCCAUACCAGUUGAUGUGAUCACAAAAGCUUUGAUAACAAACUCACCAAUGCAUCAAUCCAAAUGUUUCAUGACAUUUGUUCAUAUCCUGGUGUCAACAGCCCUUUAUCUACCAAUCAGUUGGUCGAUUACAGCUUGAGUUAAAGUACUUGAGGUUUAUUAUUAUGCAGCAUACAUUUCCAAUAUUUUUUUAAACUGAUUUUUUACAUGUAUCUAUGCUACCACAUUGAGUUUGUGCAACAGAAAUGUGAAGUUUGCGAGUGUGUGCGAGCGAGCGGUGCCUUGCACAGCAGCUACACCGUUACUGUGAACUAUUUAUGAACACAAAACCCUUUCAGAGAAUGUGUGUGGUUUAAUGUUGAAAACAUGAGCAGGCUCAUAGCACACACACGGUCUCCGCUUCCUCACAUAUACACACAGCAGUACACUGUAUGUAAAUAUGUAUGUUGGUCAUAUAACAGAAUUGCCUGGAGUUCAUGGUACUUGUAUCUGAAAGUCAACUUGAAUCAGUUCCUUCAGUUGCCUGAAUGAUUUUUGGUUGAUUGGACAAGUAUCAGCACUAUUUAAUAUCACUUCUGGGGCCUGAAUAUAAAAUCUAAGAGGAGAAAUAAGCCAGAAAGCUGUCUUGUGUCAUGAACCGUUACUUGCAUCUUUCUUAAUGUGCCCCGAACCCUCCUUCUCUCACCGAAGUCUUUGCCAUUUUGUGUCUGAUGCCAUAUUGAGGUCAAAUCUGGGUCAGAGAUUACAGAUUAAAUGUUAUUGGUUUCCUGCAUUGUCUUGUGUCAUCAACAUCAAGUGCCUUACCCAGAAGCACUAGAGGCAUUGUUCUGUGUUGACUCCCAUUUGAUAAUGUUGCCAGUUAAGGCAGAGGCCAAUGGGUUACAUGGGCACAUUUUAAAGCUGGUAGACAUUUUCCUGCUGUACACUCCUAAAUUGUAUUGUUGUGUUAGAAAAAAUAGAAACAGAUCAUUGACAUUUUGCAUUAUUUCCUUUUAAUUAAAGAGGAAGACACUGCAAACUCAUGAAAGCUGUUAGAGUUGUCAAGUUUUGGGGGGGUUUUCCUUUCCAAAGGAGCAAGGAAGGAUUUUAUGCUUUUCAAGUAUGAAGUGAUAACCAAAGUUUUGUGUUGAGGAUCAAUAUUAAAUGCCACAUUUGUUGAUGCUGUUGCUUACCGAACCACCAUAGAUUCAAGCUUUUUGCGUAGGAAAGAUGGUGACAGUGGCUUUAUUUCCCAGAAUGUUACACUGGUUGUUCUGUUCCCAGAUCAUCCAUAGACUUAACUCUAGUUGGAUAUUGAGCGUCAUUUUGUGAAUUAGCAAUGCUGUUUAAUUGCGAUGCUCACAAAAUAGGAGCGCUCGCUUCUCCUCACGCGAUCACUAUUGUUAUCAUUAUUAAGUAUGCAGUAAUUUUUUUUUUUCCCUUUGUACUGCAGAUUUGCUGUAGUUUCAAUGCAUAUUGCACUUUGUACAUUUUGUUGAGAUAAUGUACUGUAUGUGUUUAUUAUGGGAAUAAACUUUUUCAUUCAA